AGCGAACAGAUCAUACAGAAACUGUGUGCAGAAACCUGAAUGCAAGUAUGGGAGAAGACAAACAACUUCAGGUAGUGAUGCUGCCUUGGUUGGCACAAGGUCACAUUAAUCCUUUCAUAAAUCUUUCCAAAGCCUUGGCAAGCCAUGGGGACGUAAAAGUCUGGAUCGUAUCGACCCCUGUGAAUAUAUCCCGAAUCAGAUCUCGCUUGCACGAGGAACCCAUCCACCUGCUGGAGUUGCCAUUGCCGUCUGUAGACGGACUGGCCCCUGGCGUCGAGUGCACAGCAGACAUUAAACCAGAAUCAGCCCAUCUCCUUCACAGCGCAUUCGAUCAACUGGACAAGCCGUUUGAGAGUCUUUUGCGGCGCCUUUCGCCAAAUUUAUUGGUAUACGACGUCAUAGCGCCAUGGGCUGCGACCGUGGCCUCCCAGGUGAAAAUCCCGAGCUUUGCCUUCUCCGUCUACAGUCCGGCGGCAUUCGCUUAUAUUCUGGGCCAUUGCAAGCGGGCAGGGAGCAGCAGGGACUUGAAGGCGGAGGAUUUGAUGCCACCCCCAAGCGGCUAUCCCGAACCUAUCAUCUCGUGGAGGCUGUUGGAAGCGCGCCUCAUGUUGAGCAACUUUAUUUCUUUCGCCAACCGCGUGUGGGCUUGUUGUCAGCGGUCGUGUGGAAUAGUGAUAAAGUCUUGCUUUGAAGAGGAGGGCAAGUAUCUGCAAUACCUAAACCAUCUCACGGGAAAGCCAGUGAUUUCCAUUGGUCCAUUAAUGCUGCCUGAAGCCGGCCCGGCAAGGGAGGAUACGUCCGGUGAUUACCUGAUACAGUGGCUCGACAAGCAACGGCCAUCGUCGGUGGUGUUUGUAGCCUUCGGAAGCGAGUCGUUUCUGUCGGCGGAGCAGAUCGGGGAAUUGGCGUUGGCACUGGAGGACAUCGGGUUGCCCUUUCUGUGGUCGUUGCGAUCUUCUGACGGGACGUCCUCCGCGUUGUCGUUGUUGCCCCAGGGUUUUGAAGGCCGGACACGUGACCGGGGGCUAGUGGUCGGCGGUUGGGUGCCUCAGGUGAGGAUCGUUUCGCAUCCUUCCGUGGGAAGCUAUGUGACCCACGGCGGGUGGAGCUCGGUGAUGGAAGCGUGGCUCUACUCUGGGUUACCGCUGGUUUUGAUUCCGUUGCGGCAUGACCAGGGACUUAACAGUCGACAGAUUGCUCUCGAGUUGAAUGCGGGAAUUGAAGUGGAGAGGAAUGAGGAGGGGUGGUUUAGCAGGGAGGAUGUGUGUAAGGCAGUUUGGAUGGUGAUGGGUAAUGAAGAGAAAGGGGAGGAGAUUCGAUCGAGGGUGAGAGAGCUCCGUGGCGCUAUAGACCUUAACACAGGACGUCAACAGGCAUAUAUGGGAGAGCUAGUUAACCACAUGAAGAAGUUCAUUAUCCCCCUUAAUGAAAAGUGUGUUUAGCCGAUAUUGAUUCCUUGUACGACUAUCAGUAAUUUCGUAUCAUUGUCCUUAGUAGGUUAUAUUGGAUACAAUAUUAUUGGUGAUAAUGUUAAUGAAACAGAGGAUUGGGUUUUCCUCUACAAGUUUAUGGAAGAUUUGAAUGCCGACAAUGAAGUGACUUCGAGUUCGAGCAAGGGGAUUCGGAACAGGAGGCUCAAGAAAAUCUUUUUGUAGAGACGGCAAGCAUCCUCCCUAGUUCGACCUUCAGACAAGCUGAUCCCUCCACUUCUCAUGCCGCAGAGGAUUAAGGAUCAAGGUGCUCGUGCUUAUCUUUCCUGUGAUCUUGGCAUCUUUCCACAACUCUGGUUUUAUUUUGAUAUAGAAUGAUUUAGAUACAUGGUUUACUUGGUUUUUCUAGUAGGGCUUGAAAUACUCUCCUCAAGGAAACUUUUGUCUUCUAUUCUCAAUAGUUUCUGGUUUGUUGUAAGAAUUUGUAGUUGAUACAGAUCUUUGGAUUUGGGUAGCACUAGUUUUUGGGUUUUGGUCUUGAUUUUGCAAUCUUGGGAUCUUAUUUUUGUUUCAAAUGUCAUUGAUACUUCUCAUGUUUGUUUCCCUUUGAUCUAAUGUAUUUUGGCUUCAGCAUCUUAUCGAUCUUA